ACGAAAUGCCGUGGAAACGACACCGUGUCGUAAAUAUCUGUCAAAAAAUAUAAUUUCAAGUUAAUGUGCCCAGUGUAAUAACACAUACAUGGCUGAGUUAAUUACCUCAUUAGCAGGUGCGACUGUUCAAUUAUCCAUUGAGUGACAACAGUCACCAAUCGUGGCUUUAUUGACACGGCAUUAUUACACGGAGUCCAGUGUGAUUGGUGUCACAUCGUGUUCAACGAAUGUACAUAAUUAUACAUAAUAUAAAAACGUGGAGAUAAAUACGACUGCAACAAUUUGUGGAUCAGGAGGAAUACGAUGAGGCUUAAGUGGACGAGAAAAUCAAAAAUUAGUGGUCAAUGUUACUGUCCAUGUGUUCGCUACUAAAAUGGGUGCAAAUAUAUCCCAGCUAGAACGCAACAUUGGAGCUGAUCAAUUCCCUCCUAACGAGCAUUAUUUUGGAUUAAUUAAUUUUGGAAAUACCUGCUACAGUAAUUCAGUUCUCCAAGCCCUCUACUUCUGUCGGCCAUUUCGAGAGAAGGUGUUGGAGUACAAAGCCAGAAAUAAAAGAACCAAAGAGACUCUGCUGACAUGCCUGGCAGAUUUAUUUUACAGUAUUGCAACGCAGAAGAAGAAAGUUGGUUCCAUCGCCCCAAAAAAAUUCAUCGCGAGACUGAGAAAAGAAAAAGAGGAGUUUGAUAAUUAUAUGCAACAGGAUGCACAUGAAUUCCUGAACUUUCUCAUCAAUCAUAUUAACGAAAUUAUUCUGGCGGAACGGAAUCAAAGCAAAACCGGACCUGGAAAAGGUGGAACGGGAGAUUCAGGAACACCACCGGAGCCAACUUGGGUGCAUGAGAUAUUUCAGGGUAUUUUAACCUCAGAGACACGUUGCCUUAAUUGUGAGACUGUGUCCAGCAAAGACGAGGAUUUUUUUGACCUACAAGUAGAUGUCGAUCAGAAUACAUCAAUCACCUACUGCCUCAAAUGUUUCUCUAACACUGAAACACUUUGUAGUGAUAAUAAAUUCAAGUGUGAUCACUGCAGCAGUUAUCAGGAGGCUCAGAAGCGUAUGAGGCUGAAAAAAUUGCCAAUGAUACUCGCAUUACACUUGAAAAGAUUUAAAUAUGUUGAGCAGUACAAUCGACAUAUUAAAGUAUCACACAGAGUUGUUUUUCCACUUGAGUUGAGGCUUUUUAAUACUAGCGAUGAUGCCGUUAAUCCAGAUCGUCUCUACGACUUGGUAGCUGUUGUUAUUCAUUGUGGGAGUGGGCCUAAUCGUGGACAUUAUAUUUCCAUUGUUAAAAGCCAUGGAUUUUGGCUAUUGUUUGAUGACGACACAGUGGAUAAAAUUGAUGCAUCGAGCAUAGCUGAUUUUUACGGUCUCACUUCAGAUAUCCACAAGACCUCCGAGACUGGCUACAUUCUCUUCUACCAAUCGCGAGAUUGCAAUCAGUGAAAAAACGUGCAAAAAUAAAAUUCAAUUAAUAAAGAAAGGGAAAUACUAAUGUGACAAUUAUUACGGUUAAGAGAAUAAUUGAGAGAUUAAACCAGGCUUCCUCGUUUUUGUUCUUUCAUACUCUAUUUUCACAUAAGAAAACUAAUGAAAUAUUUCUUUUAUUUAUUUUGAUUGUCUCCCUGAACUAGUCCGUAUUGAAUUGAAAGAAUAAAAACCAGAUGGUUUUGCAUUAAUUAUGUAGUGGAUAAUUGUGAAGUUGAAUUCGAGAGAAAUUAAAUACCAAUAGUUAUGAAUUUAUCAUGUUUGUAUGAAGAGAUGUGGAAUUUAAAAGGAAAUAAAAGAAAAUCUCCAAUGGUGUUGGUGAAGAAAAAAAUUA